AUGUCGGCCACUGCGAAGAGAUCCCUCAGUAGCGCCAGCCGAUCCAUCAGUCCGCCAGCGUUGAGAAGGAAAGUUUCACACGUAACUGAAGACACACACGUGGCCUGCACAUGGCCUGCACACCCAGACCACGUUCGAAUUUUCAGUUGGAAUGUCAAUGGCGUCGGUCCAUUACUGCAGAAACCCUUGUCUUUCGGCGGUGCGUGUCUGUCGCCGCUCCGAUCGUUCUUGAAACGCCACCAGUGGCCUCAAGUGCUUUGUUUGCAAGAAGUCAAGGUCAGCUCCAGAGACGUCGCGACCCAAAGACAGCUGCAACAAGCUGCCAAUCACGGUCACGCGGGCGGAGAACCUACGUACACGGCUCAUUUUUCUCUUCCGAGAGAUAAGUACAAUGCUACCGGGUUUGGUGGCAGAGUUCACGGUGUUGCCUCUUUUCUGAGAGAUGACUUCGCCCCAGGCGUUCGUGUCACCCGGCGGCCAGACUGGGACCUCGAAGGUCGGGUCUUGAUACACGAACACGAGGUCGGUCUAGUCAUCAUCAACGGCUACUGGGUCAACGGGACACCUAAUCCCUACCGAGAUCCUACAACUGGUCAGAUCUCCGGUACCCGACAUGACCACAAGUUGCGUUUUCAUCGGCACAUGCUGGAAGUGGUUCUGGAGUACGAAGCAGCUGGCCGCCAUGUCAUUUUGAUCGGAGACAUGAACAUUGCUAGGUCUCGAAUUGACGGCCACCCUCAUCUACGAACGUCCCCGCCGCAGCAUGUCAAGAAUCGGGCUGACUUCAAUUCCAAGUUUUUCGACGAACCCAAUGGCAUGCGUGGAACCGAUGUAUUCAGGCAUUUUCACGGUAACACCAAGAAGUUUACGUAUCACCCGCGUGGAAGCGCGUGGGGUGCGAGCUGUGAUCGAGUAGACUUGAUCAUCACCAGCCACGCCUUGGUGGACAAGCUGGAUGCUGUCACCAACACUGAUAUUCUGGAUUCUGCAUCAGAACGUGGACAUAGCGACCAUGUCCCGCUCUGGAUCUCUGUUGAUCUAGCAAAACUCGUUGAGAAAACCCAAGUCGCUGUGGACGCUCCUUGA